AGACCCGAGCAAGUGGAUUGCUAACGAAGCGAUCGACGGCGGAUAUUUCUGAGGAAACUGUACAGUUCAACUUCAUACAAAUGGAUAUUUACGUGGCUUUGUUAUCGGUAGUGCUCCUUGCGAAACCAGUUAUCGGCUUUGGAAUAGAUCCCGACUACCAGAUAGAUAUCAUCAAUGAACUUGACUUCGCAAAUGCAAUUUAUGGAAUUACCCAAGUGGCAGGGCUUCACAACAAUAGCAAAGCCUUCUUAUUUCGAGAUGUGGGGAGAGCAGUCCACGCGCCCGCCCACAUCACAGAGAAGGUGGUGGAGCUCUUCAGGAGUAAAAGUGAAUUUACCUUCCUGGCUUCCAUCCAGCAGAAGACCUCCACGUCAGGAGUCAUCUUCUCCAUCCAUGAAUCUGAACACAGUUACUUUGAGCUGGAGAGCAGUGGGCUGAGGGAGGAGAUCCGCUACCACUACCGCUACAAAGGCAAGCCUCGCUCAGAGUCCUUCCCCUACCGACUAGCCGAUGGCCAGUGGCACAAGAUAGCCCUUUCCAUCAGCGCUACACACCUAUUGCUGCAUGUCGACUGCAACAGGAUUUAUGAGCGAGUGAUAGACCCACCUCAGAUGGAUCUGACCCUGGGCAGUGGAGUGUGGCUGGGUCAGCAUAGCCACAAGCACGGCCUCUUCAAGGGUACCAUUCAGGACGUCAAAUUCAUUUUUGCUCCAAACGGCUACAUCACACAAUGUCCCAACCUCAAUCGCAGCUGUCCAACAUGCAGUGAUUUCCUGAGCCUGGUGCAAGGCAUCAUGGACCUUCAGGAGCUGCUGGCCAAGAUGACCCUAAAGCUGAACUACGCAGAGUCCAGGCUGACCCAGCUGGAGUCCUGCCGCUGUGAGAGGACGUGCAGUGCCAAUGGUGUGGUCUACAGAGACAAGGAGCGAUGGGUGGAGCCAGAGAACUGCAGGAACUGCGGCUGCAUGAACGGAGUAGUGGAGUGUCGCAGGAUAUUCUGUCCCCCAGCCAACUGCUCAGAGGACUCUCUCUCCGUGCAUGUGGAGGGCACCUGCUGCAAGAAAUGCCGACCAAAAUGCACCUAUAUGGCCCAGACUUUGUCAGAGGGCCAGCGUCUGCUAACGAAGAGGUGCACAGAAUGCAAGAACGGGAUGAUGGUGAGAGUGACAGAGAACUGUCCAGAGCUCAACUGCACCCUCAAGGAACAGAUCCUACCUGACAACAGGUGCUGUAACAUCUGCAAAGGCUAUGACUUCUGCGCAGAGGGACUCAUUUGUGGGGAAAAUUCGGAGUGUAAAAACCGGAAUACCAGAGCUGAGUGUGAGUGCAAGAGCGGCUUUGCCUCCAUCCAUGGGGACUCCACAUACUGUGAAGAUAUCGAUGAGUGUGUCACCCAGAUGCACUACUGCCAGGCUAACACGGCGUGUGUGAACCUACUCGGCAGCCAUCGCUGUGACUGUCUACCUGGCUUCAUCAGAGUGGAUGACUAUUCCUGCACAGAACAUGACGAGUGUGCCAGUGGACAGAGCUCCUGUGAUGACAAUGCCAUCUGCACCAACACCAUCAGAGGCCACCUGUGCUCCUGUAAGCCUGGCUAUGUGGGGAACGGCUCCAUCUGCACAGCAUUCUGUGAGGAGGGGUGUAGAAGCGGAGGUACCUGUGUGUCGCCCAACACCUGCGUCUGCCCCUCAGGCUUCACAGGACUCCACUGUGAGACAGACAUUGACGAGUGUGCGGAGGUCCUGAUCCAGUGCCACAUUCACUCCCGCUGUGUCAAUCUGCCGGGCUGGUACCAUUGUGAGUGCAGGAACGGUUUCCAUGACAAUGGCUCCUACCUGAUCGACGGGAGUUCCUGCAUCGACAUUGACGAGUGUGCCACGCAGACACACACCUGCUGGAACGACAGUGUGUGUGUGAACCUUCCAGGUGGUUUUGACUGUAUGUGCACAUCUGGACCGGCCUGCAGUGGAGACUGUCUUUACGAGGAGGGCCUCAAACACAACGGACAGAAGUGGAACCACAGCCAGGAUCACUGCUCCCUCUGCUCCUGCAAUGAUGGGCGCACCUUCUGCAUGAGGAGAGAGUGUCAUUGUGCGGACCCCGAGACAGACCUGUUCUGCUGUCCUGAGUGUGACUCCAGAAAGUCCAGCCAAUGUCUGCACCAGAGUGGACACAUACUGUACCGCAGCAGAGACUCCUGGAUCUACAGUUGCCAGCAGUGCCGCUGCCUGGAGGGAAAGGUGGACUGCUGGCCCCUGGCGUGUCCAGUGUUGGCAUGCAAAUACUCUGCCUUGGUGGAGGGCGAAUGUUGCCCGCACUGCGUCACUGACCCCUGCUUGGCGGACAAUAUCGCCAACGACAUCAGGCAGACCUGCCAGGACCCUGCUGGCAUCACCCGCCUCAGUAGUGCCACGUGGCCCAUGCCAGGGUCACCCUGCACCACCUGCAAGUGCAAGAAUGGAAGUGUGUGUUGCUCGGUGGAGCUGGACUGCCUUCAGAACAACUAAGCACUCCUCUUUCGGAUGCCGUACUCCUCUCCUCCUCUCCAAUCAUUCCAUUCCGCCGAUCCUAGACUGGUCAUACUGUUUGAAGACCCUACCUUUGGACCUUUUACCACACAUGCACACAAACACACACAUACGUACGCACACACACACACACUCUGGCUGGGUUAGGGAAGUGGCUAGAGCUGUGCGUUCACACUGGAUCUUAAAGUCACAAUGUAUUGCUGACAGACGGAGAGAUGGAGUUUGUGUCUGCUUAACAACUACAGGACGAGACCAACCUACAUAUAACCGUUUCCCCCCUACUUGCACCCUUAUACGUGUGUGUCCUGUAUGUUUGUGUGUGUGAGUGUGUGUACACCAGAGAAUCCAAAACUUUUUUGGCACGCGACCCCACCAUGUAAAAAAUGUAUAAUCAAGGGACGGUGUUUUUUAAUUGGGGCUAUGACAGUCUAUUAUAAAUUAGUCUGACUGUACUCAGUAUUUCAAUGUGAAGGAAGUAUGGUUUGAAGUGACAGAAAUGCAUCAGAAAUGUGUUGGGAAGUACAAAAGAUCAUCAGGCAAUGAUCUUGUUUGAUCUUCUGUGUAGAAAAGAGCAUCAUUGUUGAUGAUGCUCUUUUCCCCCCAGUCUAUAUUAGUGCCUGGUCUUGUCUAAUGAGUCCUGUGUAAACAUGUAGAAGGAGACAGAAGACACAUGCGUGUUCCUGAGAAUCGUUUGAUGGGAUCAUAAUAUUUUGUAGCUUAAAUGGAUCAAAAGAUUUGUAGGAAGAAAACAGAAACUGCUGUGUUUUUUUGCAUCGAGGGGCCACCAAAGCAAUAUUUUCCCGCAGAGUUUAUCUCAAAUCAAAUCCAAUUUUAUUGGUCGCGUACACAUAUUUUGCAGAUGUUAUCACAGGUGCAGUGAAAUGCUUUGUUUCUAGCUCCAACAGUGAAGUAAAACCUAACAAUACAAAAUAAUACAGACAAAUCCCCCCAAAAAUUGAAAGAAAGAAAGUAAGAAAUAUCAAGGUCAAAGUCUGGAAUAUAAAUGUAUAUAGUGGUGUAUUUAGACAUUAUAGACCGUAUAUGAAUAGAACAGGUAGUAAUUAUAUAGGAUGAGCCUUGACUAAAAUUGAGUAUAUACUUUUUAAAACUUUUUAAUCAAACCUUCUUUCACUAAGCAAGUCAGGAACUCUUGAAACUAGGGGGCACUGUUUUCUUUUUUGGAAAAAUAACGUUCCCAAAGUAAACAGGCUAUUUUGUCAGGACACAUGCUAGAAUAUGCAUAUACUUGACAGCUUAGGAUAGAAAACACUCUAAAGUUUCCAAAACUGCAAAAAUAGUGUCUGUGAGUAUAACAGAACUGAUAUUGCAGGCGAAAGCCUGAGAAAAAUCCAAUCAGGAAGGGACUCUUAUUUAGAAAGCUCUUGCGUUCCUAUGCGUCCCUAUUGAGCAGUGAAUGAGAUAUCAACAAUAUUCCCUUUUCUAUGACUUAGCUAAUGUGUCUAGUGUCACAAUACAUAGUUUCAGGCUUUUAUUUUGAAAAAUGAGCCUGAACGACAACAUUGCGUCAGUGGUCAGCUGGAGGCUCUCAGAGUGUUUUGUGCGUAAAAGACAAAUGCAGCCAUUGUUUCUUUCUUUCCUGCUAAGAAGCCACCUGUCCCGGUUGAUAUAUUAUCGAAUAGAUAUUUGAAAAACACCUUGAGGAUUGAUUAUAAAAAAUGUUUGCCAUGUUUCUGUCGAUAUUAUGGAUCUAAUUUGGAAUAUUUAGUACAAACAGAGGUGUUUCGGCUAUAAAAAAUAAUCUUUAUGGGACAAAAUGAACAUUUGCUGUCUAACUGGGAGUCUCGUGAGUGAAAACAUCCGAAGCUCAUCAAAGGUAAACGAUUUAAUGUGAUUGCUUUUCUGAUUUUCGUGACCAAGCUGCCUGCUGCUAGCUAGGCAUAAUGCUAUGCUAGGCUAUCGUUAAACUUACACAAAUGUCUUGUCUUGCUUUGGCUGUAAAGCAUAAUUUCAAAAUCUGAGAUGACAGGGUGAUUAACAAAAGGCUAAGCUGUGUUUCAAUAUAUUUCACUUGUGAUUUCAUGAAUAUUAAUAUUUUCUAGUAAUAUUUUUUGUCCGUUGUGUUAUGCUAAUUAGUGUCAGUUGAUGACAAUUCUCCCGGAUCCGGGAGAGGGAGUUCCAAGAGGUUGAACAAAUUCUUAUUUACAAUGACGGCCUAUCAAAAGGCCUCCUGUAAGGACAUAACACACAUCAAGUUGAGAGACAACACAACACUACAAAGAGAGACCUAAGACAACAACAUAGCACGGUAGCAACACAACAUGACAACAACACAACAUGGUAGCAGCACUAAACAUAGUACAAACAUUAUUGGACACAGCACAAAGGGCAAAACAAUACAUCACGAAAAGCAGCCACAACUGUAAGUAAGUGUCCAUGAUUGAGUCUUUGAAUGAACAGAUACAACUGUCCAGUUUGAGUGUUUGUUGCAGCUCAUUCCAGUCGCUAGCUGCAACGAACUGAAAAGAGGAGCGACCCAGGGAUGUGUGUGCUUUGGGGACCUUUAACAAAAUGUGACUGGCAGAAUGGGUGUUGUAUGUGGAGGAUGAGGGCUGCAGUAGAUAUCUCAGAUAGGGGGGAGAGAGGCCUAAGAAGGUUUUAUAAAUAAGCAUCAACCAGUGGGUCUUGUGAAGGGUAUACAGAGAUACCCAGUUUACAGAGGAGUAUAGAGUGCAGUGAUGUGUCCUAUAAGGAGCAUUGGUGGCAAAUCUGAUGGCUGAAUGGUAAAGAACAUCUAGCCGCUGGAGAGCACCCUUACCUGCUGAUCUAUAAAUGAAGUCUCUAAUCUAGUGUGGGUAAAAUGGUAAUCUGAAACGGUUAGUUUGGCAGCUGGGAUGAAAGAGGAGCGAUUAUGAUAGAGGACACAAGUCUAGAUAUAACUUUAGCCUGCAACUUUGAUAUGUGCUGAGACAAGGACAGUGUACCAUCUAGCCAUACUCCCAAGUAUUUGUAUGAGGUGACUAACUCAAGCUCUAAACCUUCAGAGGUAGUAAUCACACCUGUGGGGAGAGGGGCAUUCUUCUUACCACACCACAUGACCUUUGUUUUGCAGGUGUUUAGAACAAGGUUAAGGGCAGAGAAAACUUGUUGGACACGAAGAAAGCUUUGUUGUAGUGCAUUUAACACAAAAUCUGGGAAGGAGCCAGCUGAGUACAAGACUAUCAUCUGCAUAUAAAUGGAUGAGAGAGCUUCCUACUGCCUGAGCUAUGUUGUUGAUGUAAAUUGAGAAGAGCGUGGGGCCUAGGAUCGAGCCUUGGAGUACUCCCUUGGUGACAGGCAGUGGCUGAGACAGCAGAUGUUCUGACUUUAUACACUGCACUCUUUGAAAGAGGUAGUUAGCAAACCAGGCCAAAGACCCCUCAGAGACACCAAUACUCCUUAGCCGGCCCGCAAGAAUGGAAUUGUCUACUGUAUCAACAGCUUUGACAAUGUCAAUAAAAUAGCAGCACAACAUUGCUUAGAAUCAAGGGAAAUGGUGACAUAAUUUAGGACCUUUAAAGGUUUGAGUGACAGAUCCACAACCUGAGCGGAAACCAGAUCGCAUACCAAAGAGAAUACUAUAGACAUCAAGAAAUCCAGUCAGUUGAUUAUUGACACGUUUUUCCAACACUUUUGAUAAACAGGACAAAAUAGAAAUAGGCCUAAAACAGACAGGAUCAGGUUGAUCUCCCCCUUUAAAUAAAGGACGGACCGUGGCUGCCUCCCCAGAGAGGAGAGACAUGUUAAAAAGGUCAGAGAUAGGCUUGGCGAUGAUAGGGGCAGCAACCCUGAAGAGGAAAGGAUAUAAACCAUCUGACCCAGAUGUUUUUUUAGGAUCAAGUUUAAGUAGCUCCUUUUGCACUUCGGACUCAGUGACCGCCUGCAGGGAGAAACUUUGUAGCGGGUCAGGGGGAAAGGGAGGAGCAUUGGGGCAAGUCGCAUUGGAAGGGGUGGGAGAUGGGGAACUUUCUUUGACGAGCAAGGAGUCAUGGCUGAGUCAAAUAGGAAUCCUGAGUUAUGAAGGGGUGAUUAAAGAGCUCAGCCAUGUGCUUCCUGUCAGUAACAACCACAUCAUCAACAUUAAGGGACAUGGGCAGCUGUGAGGAGGAGGGUUUGUUUUCCAGAACUUCUUGGGAUUAGACCCACAAAGAGAGAACUGCUCUUUAAAGUAAGCAAUUGUUUGGGGACAGACUUGGUGGAGACAACUGAGCACUGAAGGUGAUCCUUGGUAAAGAUUGCCACUUCCCCACCUUUGGUAGAACUGUCUUGCCGAAAAAGGUUAUAACCAUAAAUGUUAACUUCAGUAUUCAAAACACUCUUCCUUAAUAACAACGUCUCAGUAAUGAACAACACAUCUGGAUUGAACUGUGAACCCACACUUUCAAUUGAUCCAUUUUAGGUAAUGAGCUUCUAGUGUUAACGUGCAGAAAAGCCAGGCUUUUACGAGAUCAGAAAUCAGUGUCGCAGAUAUCAGAGCACAAGUCAGAAUUGGGGCUAGCAACAGUAGAUAGGCCACGGUGUACAUGCACAUUUCCAGAUAUUAUCAACAGUAAUACAAUAAAGACAUGGCAGAGGACAGGGAGAGCUCUGCAGUGUUGAUUUAUGACAUUUGAAUGUGCAUUAGAUGGCAACAAGAUCAUAUUGUAUAGCAAUUUCAUCAGGUAACAUGAAUGCAAAGCCGGCGAGAGGUGGUUGAAUAGAUUUGGAGGCUAAAAGUCUGUGUAGCCAAUAGAGUCAGAGUCCCAAGUCUGUCCCACGGUUGGGUAAACAGGAAAGUUCAUAGUCAACAAAUUCAGGAAUCAUGAGGCAAAUAGCAAAAUAGCGACUUGUGGCUAGCCAUGGUAAGUUCAGUGUCACUCACCCCAACAGUGCGUGUGUACUGGAGGUGAGCGAAAGCUCGGGAGAGGGGGGAGUGUGGUGGGGGUACCUGUACCAGACAGGGGGAGACAAGCCAGGGCAGACAGUGAACAGAUUGUCAGCUGGAAUUUAAGCAGCAGUGCAGCAGUCAAUGGGAGUAGGUGUCACACCCACUUGGGAGAAUAUAUCAUUAUAAUGUACUUUAUUUUGAAUUUUUCUUCUUCUUGGCUUUCAAAAUAGCAUCAGACCAAACAUUACUCACUCAGAUCCACGCCAGAGCACUCUCUGUAUAGUUUUUAAAAAAGGAAUCAUUGGUAGUAGUAAUCCUUCCAGGUAAUUUUGUCAAAAACUAGGUUGUAGGUUUGGCGUUUUGAUCUGAAGGGAAGGUUAUGCUGUGGAGGGCAUAUGAAGUGGGUAAAAUGGUAUGUAAACAUUAUUAAAGGGACCAGUGUUCGAUGACUAUAUACAUAGAGCAACAAUACGUAUCUAAGGUGCAGGUAGAGUACCAGGUGGUAGCCGGCUAGUAACAAUGACUAAGGUGCAGGAUACUGGGUGGAGGUGACUAUUUAACAGUCUGACGGCCUGGAGGUAGAAGCUAUUUUUCAGUCACUGGGCCCCAGCUUUGAUGAUCCUUUACUGUCUACGCCUUCUGGAUGGCAGCGGGGUGAACAGGCCGUGGCUCGGGUGGCCCUUGAUGAUCUUAUUGGCCUUCCUGUGACACCGGGUGCUGUAGAUGUCCUGGGUGGCAGGCGGUGUGCCCCCGGUGAUGCAUUGGCCUGAUCGCACCACCCUCUGAAGAGCACUGCGAUUACGUUAAGGGGGAGGUUAUUUUUCUGGCACCAGUAUGCCAGGGCCCUCACCUUCUCCAUUUAGGCUGUCUCAUCAUUGUUGGCGAAGCAAGUGGGACAACAGAUGGGGAUAGAGAGAUCGAAUAUGUCCGUAAACACUUUAGCCAGCUGGUCUGCACACGCGGCUAGGGAUGCCGUUUGGGCCGGCAGCCUUGCGAGGGUUAACACACUUAAAUGUCUUACUCACGUCGGUCACAGAGAACGAGAGCUCACAGUCCUUGUGUUUUCCUCGAAGUGGGAAAAGAAGGUGUUUAGCUUGUCCGGGAGUGAGGUGUCGGUGUCUGCGACGUGGCUAGCUUUCCCUUUUAUAAUCCGUGGUUUUCCCUCCCACAUACAUCUCAUGUCUAAGCUGUUGAAUUGCGACUCCACUUUCUCCAUGUAACGUUGUAUUGCAUCUUUGAUAACCUUACGGGGGCAUAGCUGGUCUGUUUAUACACGUCCAUGUUCCCAGUCACCUUGCCGUGGUUAAAUGCGGUUGUUCUCACUUUCAGUUUUGCAUCAAUGCUUCCAUCUAUCCACAUUUUUUGGUUUGGAUAAGUUCCAAUCGUCAUAGUGGGAACAACAUGCACUUCAUGAUGAACUCACCAAGUCAGUGUAUACAGUUUUACUAUUCUCAGAGGCAACCCGGAAAAUUUCUCAGUCCGCGUGAUUAAAACAAUAUUGAAGCAAAGAUUCCAAUUGGUCAAGACCAAUGUUGAACCUUUGUUACCAUGGGUGGUUCCCAUUGAAAUUUCUGCCUAUAGGAGGGGAAGAGCAAAAUUGAGGUGUGAUCUGAUUUGCAGAAGGGAGAGAGGGGGAAUAGGAAUGUUCAACAGUACUCGACUAAGUGAGUAGCACAGAAGAUGUGUUGAUAGAACUUUGGUAGUGUUUUCUUCAGAUUUCCUUUAUUAAAGGCCACAGCUACAAUAAAGGUGGCCGGGGGAUAUGCGGUUUCCAGUUUGCAAAACGGCCAGUGGAGUUCCUUGACAGCUGUCGCAGGGUCUGCUUGGGGGAAUAUACACGGCCGGGAGGUAAUGAAGUCGGUAUUUGAUGGUGAGGUAUUCAGAUUUGGAGAAUAGAGAGGAGAGGGUGGGGCUUAUUAAGGUUGAGAAGUAUGGCCCUCUUUCUGCUAAUCAGAAGCUCUUUCUCUCUUUUCUCAUCCCCUCGCCCUCUCUCCCAUUUAUUCACUAGGGAUGGGGAAUGCCAGGGACCUCACGGUACGAUAUUAUCAUGAUACGUAAGUGCAGAUUCGAUAUGUAUUGUGAUUCCAUAUGCAUUGUGAUUGUAUACUGUAUGUAUCACGAUUCUGUAUGUAUUGCGAUUCAAUGCGAAGUUGUCUGCUCCAGAGGGACAAGAAAGAGCCAUGACAAAACAAGUUUUGAUCAGUCAUGGAAACGAAAGUGCUAAAAACAUGUUGGAUCACCAUUUAAAAAGAACAUUGAGACUAAGCUAUAAAUCGUAAAAAUAAUACUGCAAUACUCUACCGCAUGGAUCUCCAACUCUGCUUCUGGAGAGCUGCCGUCCUGUAGGUUUUCACCUCAAACCUAAUGUAGCGCACCUGAUUCUAAUAAUUUGCUGGUUGAUAAGCUGAAGUUAGUUAUAACUGGGGUUGAACCGAAAGCCUACAGGAGGGUAGCUCUCCAGGAACGGGGUUGGAAAGCCCUGCUCUACUACAGUAUAUCGAUAUAUUUUUUUCCCCCAUCCCUACUAUUCACCCGGUGUAACAGUGUCCCUCUCUUCCCUCUCAUUCCCCCACAUCUCCUUCUUACCUAGCCUCCAACACUGUCACUCUGUACUCUCUUUCUUCACAACCUCUCUUUAUUUUUCAUAUGUCUGCCCAUUGUAGAUCUCUUUCGCUCCCAUCUUCCUCUCUCCUCUUUUCUCUUCUUCUUCCUGACUUUGUGUCCUCCCGUAUUUCCAGUGCUCCCUGUCAAAGCAAUCAGAGCAACAUGUAAUAGGUUGAGUGGGGGCUAGGAGGCACACGAUAGGUUGUCCAGGAGCUUGAGGGUAUGUUAUUGGUUAGGCAGGACCAAUGACACUGCUGUGAGGUAGUCAACUAUCCUCUAUCAAACCAUUUUGCAACUUGUUUUUAAAUUCAAAUGUGAGUUUCUUAUUGAACAAAUUCAGGUAGUACCUCCCCUUUUUGGUCUAUUUUCUUCUGUUUGGUUUUUACUGAAUACGACCCAGAAAGAAUAGAAAGCUUUUUGAGCUCUUUGAAAAGCGGCAUAAAAAUUCUUAUCCAAUAUCAUUAUUGUCGUCGUCAUGUGUUAGUGUUAAAUCCAGAUUGAGCACACGAUGUGUUUGUCCCACCUGAUCUGAGGUCAGCCCUGCUGUAUGGUGGUACAAUGGAUGUGUUGUCUUUUCCUAGAGAGCCAAUCUACAGCAUUUAAUAUGGGCACUGAUGUCCCUGAUGUCUUGUAGGUUCUACAAGGAGUAUACAUGAAGCUUUGUUUGUCAUGGAUGUGGACUUUCCCUGUCUUUGCGCUAUAUCGAGAUGCACAUUUAUGGUUGACAUUUUAGCAGUGUAAAAAACACAGCGCUAUUGUCAAUCGUCAAAAAAACACCUGCCUCGCAGAUACUAUGUGCGGCAUUGCAACUGCAUGAUGGAUAAACAAUCAGCACAAACAUUGCAGAAGAAAGGUUUUUAAAUGUAUUCAUUGAAAAUGUCAAAGUCACACUAACUUGAUGGUUGUUUGGCGUUUACAAAAUGGUACCCUUUGUACCAACCACAAUAUCUAUGUUUUUUCAUUUUGUUGUUGGUCUUAAUUUGCACUGGGUGUCUUGUUUCUGAUAGAAUGCUUUGUGAACAUUCACAAUCCCAAUCACACCAGCCUCUUGUACAAAUUAAAAUCUAAACUGUGAAAGGAAUACAUAAAGAAAUGAGAAAACUUGGAAAGUGAAUAUUUGUUGAAAAAAUAAAAAAAUAUAUAUAAUGAUACAACAAUUGCCAUUGAAAACCAUGGGGCAAUACUUGAGAAGAUAAGCAACCAUUUAAAAUUAAAGUUUCUCCGGCACAAAAAUUGAAGUCGUCAAUUUACUUGCAAGUGACAGAUCGUAUAAAACUGCACACAUUAGCCCUAUGCUAACCUAAUCAGGUGGCAGUGAUUAUACCCUGGAACAAGUUCUGCAUCAGCCAAUUAAAAUCGUUGACGUAGUUAGAAAUGUUCCAAACAGUUCAACAGCAUCAUUAAAGCAACAAUCACAUGUAUUUGAGUGACUGGUCAAACUGCUCUCUGUGUAAAGUGCCUAGUCCUUGAAAUGUAGAUUUACAUAUAUUGUGUUUGUGUUGAAAAGGGAUGGAGUCAUCUGCUUGAAAAGGAAGAGAUACCUCUUUUAGCCUUGCCCGAAAUACCCAUACUUGCGUCCUAAAUAGUAGGCCGUUUGAAUAUUCGAAAAAUUAAGUUUAAUAGUAAUUAAGUUUAAUAAUAAUAAAUAACACUUAUUUUCCACCAUAAUUAGCAAAUAAAUUCAUUAAAAAUCCUACAAUGUGAUUUUCUGGAUUUUUUUCCCUCAUUUUGUCUGUCAUAGCUGAAGUGUACCUAUGAUGAAAAUUACAGGCCUCUCUCAUCUUUUUAAGUGGGAGAACUGGCACAAAUACUGGUGGCUGACUAAAUACUUUUUUGCCCCACUGUAUUUAAUGAACGGAUCAAACCUUAGCAGUCAUUCUUAUCUCGUUCCCAAUUAUCAGUGCUUUCAUUUAUUAUGUUGCUGUCCAGCGGUUCUAAAUUUGCAAUUCAUGCGACUGUCCACAUUUUCUGUACAACAGCUUUUUGAUUUUAACAUUUGAAAACGUUUUGGUGUGUAUACUAGGUUAUUUGAUUACAUUUAUGUACGGUAUGUUACAGCACUUUGGUUUCACUAAUAAAUAUGUUGAAAUGGAAUCAAA